AAGCUGCUCAGAGUUCAGAAGUAGAGCUCCUUUGUGCAUAUUCCUUGGCAGCUACGCGGUCAGUCAAUGAGCAGUGAGGCAGCUCAGUACCAUGUCAAGUUCAUAGGGAACACUUCGGCGGAAGGACAUACCACUUAUGUCAUCAAGGUCACCAAUUCAGAUGGCGCAAGCUGGAACGUUCAGAAGCGCUACAGGGAGCUGCGGGAGCUGCAUGACGAGCUGAAGCUGCGGUAUCCAGAGAACCUGCCCCAGUUUCCGGCGAAACGGUUCUUUGGCAACAACGAUCCCGCUUUCAUCACCUCGCGUCAGGCCGCGUUAGAACAAUACCUCCUGGGAGUUCUGGCGUUGGAGCCGGAGGUGAAGACGCUCGUCUUGCGGCAGUUCCUCGGAGGACCACCUCUGUCUGCGGAGCAGACUCCGUCCAAGCAGUACACAGAGGUGCUGGAGAGCAUGGAGCAGAAGCUUGUGAACUUCAGCCUGCCGCCGGCGCCCCUGGACGAGCCGGAGACGGCGAUGAGGGUCAAAAAGUACGGAGAGAGCAUGAAACUGAGCGUCCUCGCGCAGCCAGUGGAUCCUGUGAUUCUGCGAGACCUGGGCCUUGACAACGAGGUUGCCAGUCUCGCAAACUCAGAGCAGCUGGACGCCUUGAAGGCCCCGGCUGCAGGCUCGGCAGAAAAGGGCGAGCUUUUCAAGCAGACUCUGGCGGAGAUCCACAAGGUGAUGCGACCAGAGGUUGCCUUGGCAGAUGAGAGCAAGCUGAUAGCUCGCUUCCCUGACUUGGCUUCUGGUGAGGGCGCAAAGGGCGAGAAGCAAUAAUGACAUUCCCCCGC